GUGCCAACAAGACCUGCAAAAUGUGGGCGCCCGGUUCCUACCCUGCCAGCAUUUGCUCUGCAAGAACUGCUUCCAGGGCUUCAUCCAGGAGCUGAGACAGGUUUCCAAAGCUCACAGGACCGUUCCACCUGAGCUCAUCUCCUGUCCUGGGUGUAAGCGAGUGUAUCUUACCAGGGAUGUAAAUGAACAUUUUUUUCUGCAGUGCUUCUCUACAGGACGAUCCAAGAUGGCCAGGAACUGCUCCGAGUGCAAGGAGAAGAGGGCAGCGCACAUCCUGUGCACCUACUGCAACCGCUGGCUGUGCAGCUCAUGCACAGAGGAGCACCGGCAUGGCCCCGCCCCUGGGGGUCCACUCUUUCCCCGGGCCCACAAGGGACCACCAGGAGUGAGCAGUGGUUCUGGGGACUUCGCCUUGUACUGUCCUCUACACACACAGGAAGUGCUCAAGCUAUUCUGCGAGACCUGUGAUGUGCUCACGUGCCAUAGCUGCCUCAUGGUGGAACACAAAGAACACAGGUGCAGACAUCUUGAAGAAGUUUUGCAAAACCAGCGGAUGCUUCUAGAAAGUGUGACUACACAGGUGGCUCAUAAGAAAUCUACUCUACAGACAUCUGCAAAGCAAAUUGAGGACAGGAUUUUUGAGGUGAAGCAUCAACACAGGAAGGUGGAAAACCAGAUCAAGAUGGCCAAGAUGGUUCUGAUGAAUGAGCUGAACAAACAGGCCAACGGACUCAUAGAGGAGUUGGAGGGUAUUACUAAUGAGAGAAAGCGGAAGCUGGAACAGCAGUUACAGAGCAUCAUGGUUCUCAACCGUCAGUUUGAGCAUGUGCAGAACUUCAUCAACUGGGCUGUCUGCAGCAAGACCAGUGUCCCUUUCCUGUUCAGCAAAGAGCUGAUUGUGUUUCAGAUGCAGCGAUUGCUGGAGGCAAACUGUAACACAGAUCCUGGCUCCCCCUGGAGUAUCAGAUUCACCUGGGAGCCUAACUUCUGGACCAAGCAGCUGGCUUCCCUUGGCUGUAUAACUACUGAAGGUGGACAGCUGUCCCGGGCAGAUACUCCUGCUUAUGGAGGCUUACAGGGACCAUCAUCCUUUUAUCAAAGCCACCAGUCCCCAGUGGCUCAGCAAGAGACUCUUAGCCACCCCUCACAUAAGUUCCAGUCUCCAGCACUGUGUUCUUCAUCUGUGUGCUGCUCCCACUGCUCCCCAGCCUCGCCUUCCCUCAAAGGCCAGGUCCCCCCACCCAGCAUACACUCAGCCCACAGCUUUAGGCAGCCCUCAGAGAUGGCACCCCAACAGCUAGGCUCUCUGCAGUGCUCUACUCUCCUGCCCCGGGAGAAGGAGCUGGCUUGCAAUCCGCAGCCACCAAAGCUGAUGCAGCCCUGGCUGGAAACCCAGCCCCCCGUGGAGCAGGAGAACACAUCCCAGCGGCUGGGGCAACAGCCGACUUCCCAGCCAGUAUGCAUUGUGCCCCCGCAGGAUGUUCAGCAAGGAGCCCAUGCCCAGCCCACCUUACAGACACCCUCUAUCCAAGUCCAGUUUGGCCACCACCAGAAGCUGAAGCUCAGCCACUUCCAGCAGCAGCCACAGCAGCAACUGCCACCUCCGCCACCUCCGCCACCCCCACACCAGCAGCAGCCACUGCCACCUCUACCUCCAUCCCAGCAUCCAGCUUCUAGUCAGCAUGGGAGCCCUCCUGGGCCUGCCUGUUCCCAGAACAUGGAUAUAAUGCACCACAAAUUUGAGCUGGAGGAGAUGCAGAAGGACCUGGAGCUUCUUCUUCAGGCUCAACAGCCCAGCCUACAGCUGAAUCAGACCAAAUCUCCUCAGCAUCUUCAGCAAACCAUUGUGGGGCAGAUCAACUACAUUGUGAGGCAGCCAGCACCCGUCCAGUCCCAGAGCCAAGAGGAUGCUGCACAGGCUUCGGAUGAGCACCCCACAUCUGAAGGUCCAAAGCCGCCUCUCCCACUUGACAAGAAUACUGCUGCUAACUUGCCCCAGGCGUCUGGGGAGGAAACCCCUCCUGGUGUCCCCCCACCAGACGGCACCAUCCCGCACUCCUCUCCAAGUGUGGUGAGAAAGCACUCCACUUCAGUGAGCAUCAUGGGCUUCUCCAACACGCUAGAGAUGGAGCUGUCAUCUACCAGGCUAGCCAGGACCCUGGAGCCGCAGAUCCAGAGCGUGAGCAGCCUGACUGCUACCCCUUCCCACAUGGUCCCAAGCCUGCUGAGCAGCACCCCCACAACUGUGUCCAGCCUGCUGAGCGGUCAAAGCCAGGCUGUGCCCAGCCUGACAGUUAGUCCUCUGCAGACCAUACCCAGUCUUGUACGUGGCACACCCCAGACCGUGCCCGGUCUGAUGAGUGAUUCCUCCCAGGCCAUCACAAGCCUAGCAAGUGAUCACUCACAGGCCAGGCCCAAGCUGAUGUCUGGUCCCACCCAGACUCUGCCAAGUCUGGCUAAUUGUCCACUGCAGAGCAUGCCUCCGGCUUCUGACACGCAACCGGAAACUGCAUCCAGUGGCAGUCCUGGCUCUGGCGGAGCUGUGGGGAGCCUGUGCCCUGGAGAUGGGGCUGACCCCUCUCUUGGGAAUGCCCUGUGUAAGGACCCCACAACUCCUGGUCUGGAGGUUUCCAAGGAUUUGGCUGUCCCUUCAGAACUGGAGGAGCCAAUUAACCUCUCUGUGAAGAAACCUCCAGUGGACCCAGUAGUCAGCACAGCUAUGGCUCUGCAGCAGUACCGGAACCCAAAAGAGUAUGAGAAUUUUGAAGAAGCCCUGGAACUGAAUGUAAAAGAGAACCAGAGUAUCAGGAGAGAGCCUAAGAUUCCCUAUGUGCGGCUGGAGCGGCUUAAGAUCUGUGCUGCUUCCUCGGGAGAGAUGCCUGUGUUCAAGCUGAAGCCCCAGAAGAAUGAGCAGGAUGGGAGCUUCCUGCUGAUCAUCGAGUGUGGCACAGAGUCCUCCAGCAUGUCCAUUAAGGUCAGCCAGAACAACCUGCCUGAUGCCAUCCAGGCCCCAAGUCUGGGGGGAAGAAAGGUCACUGUCACUUCCCUGGCUGGACAGCAGCCACCAGAAGGGGAGGGUGCAUCUCCUGAAGAACAAAGACUCAUCCCUCGGACCCUUGGAGCCAAGAAGGGGCCCCCAGUACCAAUAGAGAAUGAGGACUUCUGUGCUGUGUGCCUCAACGGGGGCGAGCUACUGUGCUGUGACCGCUGCCCUAAGGUGUUCCACCUCUCCUGCCACCUGCCGGCCUUGCUUGGCUUCCCAGGGGGAGAUUGGGUGUGUACCUUGUGCCGCAGCCUGACCCAGCCCGAGAUGGAGUAUGACUGUGAGAAUGCUCGCUAUUACCAACCCGGGAUGCGGGCCACCCCUGGCCUGAGCAUCUAUGACCAAAAGAAGUGUGAAAAGUUGGUUCUGUCCUUGUGCUGCAAUAGCCUCAGCCUGCCCUUCCACGAGCCUGUCAGCCCGCUGGCCCGGCAUUACUACCAGAUUAUCAAGAGGCCCAUGGACCUGUCAAUCAUCCGGAGGAAGCUGCAAAAGAAGGACCCAGCUCACUACACCACCCCAGAGGAGGUGGUGUCAGACGUCCGCCUCAUGUUCUGGAACUGUGCUAAAUUCAAUUAUCCUGAUUCAGAAGUUGCAGAGGCUGGCCGCUGCCUGGAAGUUUUCUUUGAGGGCUGGUUGAAGGAGAUCUAUCCGGAAAAACAGUUUGCCCAGCCGAGGCAGGAGGACUCAGACUCCGAGGAGGUGUCUAGCGAGAGUGGCUAUUCCACUCCCCAGGGCUUCCCAUGGCCUCCCUAUGUGCAGGAGGGCAUCCAACCCAAGAGGCGGCGGCGACAUAUGGAGAAUGAAAGAGCAAAAAGAAUGUCAUUCCGCUUGGCCAGCAGUGUCUCCCAGGUGUGAGAGCUGGCCGUAGAGCACCCUGGCAGCUGGUGUCCCAUCCUGUUGACCACUCCUCCCCACCUUUCAGCUCAUUCUCUUCAGAUUGUGGAUGUGAGACAAGUCUUGUUGAGCUGUGUAGUGCUCUUCUUUGCCGUUUGCAUUUUACAGCAUUCAUUUGGGAGCCAUAGUGCAUCCACUACAGAGAAGAUUUCAGUAAUAAACAGCGAAGAGGGAGGUGUUCCCGAUUACCAGAAAAAUCAGAUGUGUAGGGUCCCCUUGAUGAGACCAAGCCUGGUCGGGCUUGGAAGGACCUAACUUCCUUGGUGUCUUUUCUCUGCUGAGGAAAGCAGACUUUUCUCACCUAUCAGUGUGCAGGGUUCAGGAGCAAUGUAUAUAUAUGUAUAUAUACAUAUAUAUCUGAAGUCUUCCUGGGCCCAGAGGGAAGCGAAAGAAGGGAGAGAGGUUCUGACAUAUGGCAGGCCUGUGAUCCCUGGCCUAGCACAGCCAAAGACUGUCACUGUUUGCCUUUGCUUGGCCUGCCGGGACAGGAAGCUGCCC